UAAUAUAUUAUAUUUUUACAGUAUUAUGUUUUUACAGUGUGUGAAAGACAGAAAAUGAACGUAGGUGAAUAUAUUAACUGGUAAACCGUGAGCGGUUGUACCCAGUGACCGGCUAGUGAUGGCGGCGUUUGGUGCUCUUUUGAGGCUCCCCAGGGCAGAUGUAUAGUCCUUAACCCUUUAACAGCACAAAUUGUAUAUACACAAUUUUGGUAUAAGUGACUGAACGGCGCACAUCAUAUCAGGACACGUAUUUCAAUUUCAUCAUUAUUUCAAGUAUUUCAUCAUUUCAAGUACCACAUAAUAUUUAAAAAGUCCCGCUCGUUAAAGGGGGCACCCAUACGAUAGCCAAGAGUGAUAGUAAACAGUCGCCAUCUUGGACAAAAGUGCAGCAUAGGCCGCCAUUGCGAGACGGCCUCAGUUACGAUCAAGACACCAUGGCGAGUGCACCACCACCUGGCUCGCAACCGUCCGCAGCGAACCCCUCCACCCAGUCAUUGACCGAUGAGGAAAUUUACAAUGAAUUGUUUCCAGAAGCCGACGAAAGUGAUCUUGAUGACUAUGACACCGAUAUAGACUAUACACAGGACAUAAAACAAUAUAAGUCAGACAAUGAUAAUGACUACAGACUGGACUCAGAUGAGUAUAACACAGACAAUGAUGAAGACUAUCCAGAGGAGUAUGAAAUAGACAUUAAUAAAGACUAUACACAGGACACAGAUCUGAGUGAUACAGACAGCGAGUGGGACACUGGGCUGUCCUCCAGGGUGAGUCUUACACCAUCACCACAGCCUCCUCGCCCUCACUCCGCACCACCACCAGACACUUCAUGGGAGCAUGUGCAGCAUGAUGAUGCUUUGGGCCAACAAUAUGUGGAAGAUGACUCGCUUUCUGGCUUUAGUGAUGUUGAAUCUGAAAAUAGUUGUCGUCCUCCUGUGGCUAGUGGCAGUGGAGUGUGCGGUGUUACCAGGCAAAGCUUUGCAGCAUCAGCUUCUUGUCCAGUCAAACGCCUCCGCACGGCACCACACGGAGACAAUGAGGAACAAAUGCCCUCAUCUUCAGUUCGCGCCGGUAGUGUGCGUAGACGAGCUUCACCUGAUCGACGGAGUACGAGGAUUCCUCGCCGUGAUGUUGGUGUAGCAUCACCCCAAACACCAGGUGGUAUGCCUGUAUGGAGUGAUGGUAAAGAUUUUGUUCCGCAAAUCCCUGCAUUUGACAGUACAGAUGUUGGGGUUACAGACCUUUUCCCAAUUACUGGCGAGGACAUGAGCGAAAUGAGCUAUUUUACUGCAUAUUUUGACGAGCCGCUCAUGGAACACAUUGUUCGGGAAACGAACAAGUACGCGGCCGAACUCAUUGAAAGUGGGGAAAUAUUACAACUUUCACGAUUAGAGCGUUGGAAAAACACUACUGUAAGUGAAAUGUACCUGUUUCUUGCACUAUGUAUAAUGAUGACACAUUGUGUAAAACAAACCAUCACAGAUUAUUGGAGCAAAGACUUGUGUAUUCCAACACCUAUUUUUGAGAAAUAUAUGUCUCGUGACAGGUUUGUGUUACUCCUCAGGUGUUUUUAUUUUGCAAAUAAUGAAGACCAGACUGAAGAUGAUAGACUUUGGAGGGUAAGGCACGUUCUGAAUGAACUUACUGGAAAGUUCAGAGAUUUCUACGUACCAGCUCAGAAGCUGAUGAUUUGUGAAUCCCGAGUGCUUUUCAGGAGAUGUGUUGAGUUCAAGAAGUAUAUUCCCUUCAAACACCACAUAUUUGGAUUUAAAUUCUUUGUUCUCUGUGACUGUGAAACAGGAUUGAUCUUACACACGAAGCUAUAUUCUGGUCCCAACAUAGACAUUCCCGGUAAAGACCAACCUGGUUUCUCGGAAAGUGUGGUGAAGACAGUGAUGGCACCAUGGCUGAACAAGGGCCACAUUUUAUACACAGACAAAUAUUAUACAAGUCCCAUGCUAACAAGGUUCUUGCUUGAAAAUAGGACUGGAGUGUGUGGCACAUUAAAGGCAAGAAAAAGGGAAAUGCCUGUGUUUGACAAUGAUAUUAAAGCUGGUGAAUGCCAGGUAAAAAAAUGUGAUCAGAUGCUUUUAGUGCGGUGGAAAGAGAGACGAGAAGUGAACAUGUUGACGACCGUUCACACUGGUACAAUGGUGAAGAGUGGCAAGGUGAACAGAGUAACCAAAGAACGAAUAUAUAAACCAGAUUGUGUUAUGGACUAUAACACAAACAUGCUUUUCACUGAUAAGUGUGACGUGAUGGUGGGUGCUAUCGAGUGUGUCCGUGAAACGGUGAAGUGGUCCAAGAAGAUGUUUUUUCACCUUGUUGACAUCACCAUGCUGAACAGCUACAACAUGUAUCUGGUGAAAACCGGGCGUAAACCAAGUUUCCAUUCGUUCAGUUUUUCUGUUUUGUCACAAUUGCUAAAAAAGUUUGGCAAGGAGAUUCCUAGCACAAGAAGAGGCACUCGGAACACAAAGGAGGCCACAGAAGCAUAAACGGGUGUUAAGAUUGUGCGGAGCGUGUGAUGUGCCCCUUUGUCAUGUGCAGUGUUUCAAGGAGUAUCACACUCGCCAGAACUUCUAAAUGUCCAAUAAUGAUGCAAAACCUGUACUGUAUAUAUAUUGAGUGAGCGUGUGUAUAUAUAUUGAUGAAAAACAGACUACAUAUUAUAUUUGCUGUAAAAGAAAACAUUUGUGUGGAGGUAAUUGUGACACGAAUAUGUGAGUGUAUUGAUUUUAUGCAAGUUUUAUAAUAAUAGAACAUAGUGACACUAUAUUGUCACUUUACAUAAAGUGACUUUGUGAAAUACAGUAGACUUUAUUGUCACAACAUAGUGACGUCAUACACUGUAAAUAAUGCAGCAAAAAUAAAUUCGUGGUAACUGGCCGCUUGAGUGCCACGCGCGACGCCACGGGGAUUCACACUGCACGAGCGAGCAAGUUUGAUGGCUUCACAGGGUGAUUUCUAAUCUCAUUUAUGU